AGCUUUUCAAUCUCUCAAAACUAAUAUCUGAAAUUAAAGAUAAAUAAACUACCAAAUCUUGUGGACAAAAGGUCUUGCUGACAAACUGCUUUACAAGUAGAAUUAAGGAGGUCUUUUUUGAGUUUCAGAAGUCCAAAUCAAAUUCACAAGACACCACCACCAAUCCAUUAACUCACGUGAACCCAUCUCAGCUACCUUCACAUGUACACAACAAUACAAAAACCCCACUCUUUUAUAUGAUUUAAUCCCCACUUUUGUUAUAUAUAAAUAUAUACGUUACAAAACAGAUAGUUCCCUCCUCUCUUCAUACUCUUUCUUCCGUUUAGCUUUUGCUUUUUUUCUAAUAUGGCUCUUCUUCAUUCUCAAUCUUCUUCUUCUUCUUCUUUUUGUCAUCUACUUGCUUCAUUUUUCACAAUCUUAUGUUUAGUUUUGUUAGUUCAACCGCUGGCAGUUUCAUCUGCUGUCAUAAUGAGCAUGAGAAACCACAAUAUUCAUGGUCACCAUAGAAGGCCAAUGCUGCAAGCCAACCAAAGCACUUGUGCAUUGUUUGCAGGCGCUUGGGUUCGUGAUGACACGUACCCCGUGUACGAAUCUUCUCAAUGUCCCUUUAUUGAUGCAAAAUUCAACUGCAAAAUGAACGGUCGUCCUGACUCUGGUUAUCUCAAAUAUAGAUGGCAGCCUCUGAAUUGUGAGCUCCCAAGGUUCAAUGGGCUUGAAUUUUUGCUGAAAAUGAAAGGCAAAACAGUGAUGUUUGUUGGUGAUUCCUUGGGAAGAAACCAAUGGGAGUCGUUGAUUUGCAUGAUUUACGCAGCUGCACCAGAAACACAGACACAGAUGAUUAAAGGAGAUCCACUUUCUACAUUCAAGUUCUUGGAUUAUGGUUUAUCAGUGUCAUUUUACAGAGCUCCAUAUUUGGUAGAAAUAGACAUCGUAAAAGGGAAGAGGGUUCUGAAGUUAGAGGACAUUAAUGGGAAUGGCAAAUACUGGCGUGCUGCAGAUGUAUUAUCUUUCAACACUGGACACUGGUGGAGCCACGACGGGUCUCUCCAAGGAUGGGAUUACAUGGAAUCAAAGGGUACGCUUUACCAAGACAUGGAUCGAUUAGUGGCUUUGGACAAAGCACUGAGAACAUGGGCCAAUUGGGUUGACACCAAUGUUGACAGAACCAAAACAAGAGUAUUUUUCCAGUCAAUUUCUCCUACACAUUACAAUCCAAAUGAAUGGAGUGCUGGAGCAACUUCAACUACAACAAAGAAUUGCUAUGGCGAAACAGCACCGAUGAGUGGAACAAUAUACCCUGGAGCUUAUCCCGAUCAAAUGAGAGUGGUGGAUGCAGUGAUGAGGGAGAUGACCAACCCUGCAUAUUUGUUAGACAUAACAAUGCUAUCAGAGCUAAGGAAAGAUGGGCACCCUUCAAUUUAUAGUGGUGAUUCGAACCCAGAGCAAAAGGCUAACCCUGACAAUGCUGAUUGUAGCCAUUGGUGCCUUCCAGGAUUACCUGAUACUUGGAACCAACUAUUUUCAGCAGCUUUGUUCAACUAAGUAAUUUUAAGGAGAAUGUGGUUUCUUCUAAUUGAAUAUUUUUAUUAAUUCAAGAUGCAAAAUAGCACUUGUAUUUUUAGUUCCUUAACUAAGAUGAUCAGAUGUAGCAAACUCUAGUUUCUGAAUUGCAAGUCUCUAUUAAUUGUCUCCUGUAAAAUAUGCAAUAUUAUUUGUGAAAGGAAAUAAAAAUUCUCUGGUUAAUCUUCAAA